AUGAAAAAAACAAUAACUUUGGCACCUGAUUACUCAAAAUAAUCUUUCUUUAAUGAUGGAAACUUUCUAUUUUGUAAUGCUUUACCGAAAUAAUUGGAAUUUAUAGAUUUUGGAACCUUCUAAAUGAAAUACUAAAAUAAACAAAUUCCAGUGUCUGUUUCAAUAUCUGAAUAAGCCAUAAAGAUAGAUGAUGAAGUAUACUAUUUAUAUAAGUAGAAAGGUGAAAAAUAUAUUUAAAUUGAAAAUGUGUGCUUCAAAAAAAUUUUACACCCUAAAACUUAAUAACUAGGGUUUCGCUUAAGUAAAAAUGGGUAAUAUGCCGAAUUUUUUGGGGAAAUCGUUGAAUUAUGGAAAUCUAUAAAAAAGUAUGUUGUUCAGGCAGAUUUUUUGCUUAAAUACAAGUUGGGAUCAAAAAUAGGUGAAGGAUAUAGCUCAUCAGUAUAGCAUUUAAAAUUAUUAAGGUUUUUAAAGCUUUUAAAAUCAUCAAUGGUCAAAGGUUCGCUGUUAAGAUAGUAGAUAAGAAUAUGCUAUCUAGAAGUAAUAAUUUAGAAAAACAAUAUUUGCUUAAUGAAUUAAGUAUUCUUAGAUAGAUCAAUCAUAAUAAUUUAUUAAAAUUAGAAGAAAUAUUUGAAAGUGAAGAAAAUAUUUAUAUUGUCACAGAAUUAUUAGAAGGAGGUGCAUUAAAGAAUUCUAUAUUCAAAUUUAGAUUUUCAGAAGAAGAAACAAUAAUUUUAAUGUAGUCAUUAUUUCGUACUCUCCAUUAUUUACAUUAGAUGAAUAUUUUUCAUCAUGACAUUAAAUUUGAUAACAUUUUACUAAGAGAUUAAUAAGAUCUUACUUCUGUUUGUAUAAUUAAUUUUGGGAAAGCUGAAAUAUUGAAAUCAAAUAUAUCUAGUUCUAGAAAUCUCAAUCAUCAUGAUACAAACUCUCUCAUCUCAUUUUUUAGAAAAAAAGAUAUUUAUGCAAUAAGCAUAAUUAUUCUUAGCAUAUUUGCAAAGAAAUUAUAUUAGGAAAGCUAAUUGCUUGAUGAAUUAUUAAUGAAAAAUUAUUAAAAUGUGAGCUAUAUUGAAUUUAUGAAUCUUUUACCACCUCUUUAAUAGUUUUUUGAAAUCUUGUUUACAGAAAAAGGAAGAUAUUUAAUUGAUACUUUAACUUGCAAUGAUAUUUUAAAUUUAGAUGUCUUUAAAUUAAAUUUUUAAAGAAGAACAUCAAAAUUUAAUUAAGGUUUACAUGUUUAAGCUUUUGAUUUAAAAAGAUAAUCUAGGUUUCUACCUAGACCAUCUUAAAAGGAUAAUCUUUAACUUUCCUACCUUUAAAAAAGCUUAAAACUACCUAACAUUAAUGACUCAUGUGAAAUUAAGGCUACAUAAAAUCAAUCCUAUAGUCCUUAAACUGAAAAUUGUCUUUCUAAUAGACUAAUUAAUGAAUGUAAAAUCAAUAACUAAACUCCGAGAUACAGUAUCUUAAGAAAAUUUUUAAGUCCUAAUGUUUGA